AGACGUCAUUUCAACUGCAUGACAACAGACCGUGCGGUCAUAUUUGUCAACACAGUCCAGAUCAGCCACUACCAUUGGCUACUGGCACUACCAUAUUCCUGCUUUACAUUUGAUUGGGUAAGUCAACUGAUCUUUGUUUUCUUUUAUAGAAAAAUAGACACGGUUGUUUGCGAGCCACGCUUUUUCGUAGCCAGAUAGUAUAUAGGUUUAAACAUCUAUGCAACCUAAAAUACUCUAGACUGUCAUUUUAAAUUUGACUAUGACUACUAUAUUUUAAAUGUACACUUCUAUUUUGUGUCACUUAUGUCGUAGAAGUUAUUAUAUUGGGAUACAUAUAUAUUUUGUAUCCAUCUUAUGCGUGAUCAAUAAUCAAUAUGUCUUUUACAUUGAUUCCCAUAUUUUGCAGUAACAAAUAUAAAAGGAAUCUAGGCUUGGCAGAGCCAUUGGACCUGGUAGAAAAGCUGGAAAAAGUGGAAGAGAAGUUGCAGAUCCACAGAAGAAAGUACUCCACUGCUUUACUGUGAUUGGGGAUGUAGCUCAUUUGUACUUUGGAUGAAAGCUUGUGUCAAAUGAGUUGAACUGAUAAUUUCAUAUUUAGGUAAAUACGACAUUAUGCAGUUAUUGCGUAAGUGCACUUAAAGAGGCAUACUAUGCUGGAAUUGAGAGGGAUUACUUCCGUAUGAGUCUUUGCCGUGUUCUUUGGGAAUAUGCUGCACUGUAGACCUUUUAGCUUACAGUACAUCACUGUCAAAAGAGAAAUGGGUCAAUAGAAUAUCUUUGUACAUUUUUACGUUUCUUACACGUUUUAUUUUGUUGUUUUUCUUUUGAUGGAUUUUCGUUUUGGACCACAAAGUGUUAAUCAGAGCUGCAUUUAAUGUUUAUUCUUAAGUACAAAUUGAUCAUUUCCAAUUUUUGCUUUGAGAUAAAAUGAAUGCACGGUUUCCAAAUGUCUCUUUUUGUACACCGUGUUGAUUGGGUUAACUGCUGAAGCUGGCAAGCUAACACUAACAUGCUAGCCAGUUAGAAAAAGGCAACCGUAAGUCGGUUACCAUAGCUUGAGCUUCUUCUUACAUGGCCUUUCACUCCCUGUAGGAGUUAUUAAAGAGAGGGUAACCGCUCUCUGAGCCAGCGAACUUGCUAACUUUCACUCAAUAAGCUGCGAUAGUUGACUCCAUUCUGGACUCUCCAGUUCUCCUUUCCCUCAAAGGUGGUUGUGUCUAGAUGGUCGAGGCCAGGCAUCGACCUCGAAUGGUUUAGGUUGGGAUAGCAGCUAGUCUCGCUACCUCAAAGGUAGGCACUGUCGAGACAUCUUGAUGUUGGUCAAUGUCGCAAGUUUCUAUCAGAUUUCCCUGAAGUUUCACUCGAUGUGAACAAAAUCCCACCAUUUCACAUUGUGGUGAGACGGUGAUCUAUCGGUCCAGAGUGAAAUGUUAAUGAAGUGCAUUUAGAGACAGUAACUGUAGAUUAAAUCAGUUUACCAUCCAACACUUCCAUGUCUUCUAUACAUAAUAUGGAUUGUAUCAUUUAUUUAAUUUACAUUAUCUGUAACUAUCUUUUUGUUGCUAUGUUUUUGCUCACAAAGGGAAUUCAACAGUGUUUGUACAAGAUAUAUCAACGUCAUAAAGGAGACCUAUCGGCUGUCUUUCUUUGAGCUGGUCCAUUUCGUCUUUUCUCUGGUCACAUGGUAUCGGCACUGGCGACAUGCUCCACAUUUUUACCACUACGGCCAUUCUCUGAGGAGCAUAUCCAUAUGCUGGAUUCACAGUUGUGUGUUAAGGGGUUACAGCUAGCUACUUGGUAGCGGAUGUGCACCUCCUGCACAGUGUAACCACACUCACAGCAACAGUGUUACGGCACCACAAAAACUGAUUGCGUCUUUUGGUUUUAAGUGUCCAAUGUUGGUCGAGAGUCUUGAGUGAAGACGACUUUGAGAGAUUUCAAGAGCCUCAGUGGUCAUUUUUUUUCAAUAAUGCACAUCUAGCAAAGCCAUUCGUACUGCAACACCUUCUGUUCACGGCUCUGUAUCAAAGAUGUAAACGCACCAAUUUCCCUGAGUAAUGACUCAAAGCAAACCUUCCCAUGAAGUAAAUACAAUAAUGUAAGCAUAAUUACUGUGGGGUACAUAUUCAAUAUAAUACUUUUUUUCAGUAAUAGUCAGACAUCUGCUCCUUAUUAGGGCUGCAACAGUACACGCAUGUCACAGUUCGUUUCUUACCCAGGUUGAGGAGUCACGGCUUGAUGUGAGUUAGAUGCACCGAGGAAAACUAAAAGUAAGCAUCCGGUUCUGUUUGGACUGUCGAAACCGUUUGGGGACAAUAGAGACACGUCAAAAAGCUUUAGUAUUUUACUUAAACACUUGCCAUAGGCUAUAGUGUACUAUAAAGGAAACGUAUCCCUCGUGCUUUGACAUUGAUAAUACAAAAGAAAAGUGGACUAAUAGAGACUUCUGCAUUAGAUGUAGUGUUGUAAUCUUUUCUACCGUGGCCAUAUGCCAACAUAAUGGGGAUUGCUUUAGUAAUUGUUUUGUCUCAAUCUGCCUUUGGUUGCUUGGAAGCAUUGCGGUGAGGAGUUGGGCUCCGGUUUGCUUUUUCCUCGACCCACAUCAGGGUGAUGCAUCGUCACGUAUGCUGCGUUUCCAUUCUCAUAGCAAACAGCCGUGGAGUAACGCCGACACACCGCCCUCACCUUGUAGUCUGGUUUUAUAGUCUGGCCUUUUAGUCUGGCCUUAUAGUCUGGCUUUAUAGGCCUUAUAUUCUGGCUUUAUAGUCUGGCUGUAUAGGCCUUAUAGUCGGGCUUUAUAUGCCUUAUAGUAUGGCUUUAUAGGCCUUAUAGUCUGGCUUUAUAGGCCUUAUAGUCUGGCUGUAUAGGCCCUAUAGUCUGGCUUGUAUAGGCCUUAUAGUCUGGCUUUAUAGGCCUUAUAGUCUGGCUUUAUAGGCCUUAUAGUCUGGCUUUUUAGUCUGGCUUUAUAGGCCUUAUAGUCUGGCUUUAUAGUAUGGCUUUAUAGGCCUUAUAGUCUGGCUUUAUAUGCCUUAUAGUCUGGCUUUAUAGGCUUUAUAGUCUGGCUUUAUAGGCCUUAUAGUCUGGCUUCAUAGUCUGACCUAAUAUAAUUGUUCAAGUUACACUUUCAGACUAAUCUUGGUGGAAAAGUUCUGAUCCUUGAAUCUUUGUCACCUGUGUGUAGCUUGUUCAUCACACACGUUGUCACAUACUCAAACUUUCUGUUGCUCUUUGCAUUUUUCAGACUUUUUGAGCUCCCCAUCGAGAGAUCAUGCGAUGGAAAUUGUAACUAAUCAUUGGCUGCUUAACAGAUGAUUCAGUCCCUGAUCCUGCUUUGGUUACUUUGUAAUCUCUUCCCAAAGUAUCUUGAAUUCAGCCCAAUACAAUGUUUCAUGAUUUCUUAAAUAAGAGCUUAUUUAAGAUUAGUUACAGCUUUCCCAAAAUCAAACAUAAACAGUAAAACCAGUUUCCUGCAAAAGAAAUGUGGAACUAAAUGUUUGCAUUUUAUUCUAAUAUUUCAGAAACUGCCAACUUUACAGCAUUGACCAUGUAGGUCAGCAUAAAAGCAGCGAUCCUCAUGUCCAGCCCCACUGUAGCGGCUUCUCCAUAGCUCGUAGUACAGUGAAUGCUUUGGGAGGCGGCCAGCAGAUCGUCUCUCCUGUACAGCCACCGCACAUUGAAGCCCCACAGUGGAACCCCACAGUUGUGGAGCACCACCCUUUGGACAGCAGUGAGCGGGCUGGCGAGGAGUUCCUGAGAUGCAUCGCAGCCAACAAGCCUCUCCCAGACUACCUGAAAGGGAACAUGGAGUUCAACCUGGCUGACGCGUUUAAGUCGGCCGAUGUCCUGAAAGAGGUUCUCAAAUCGGACGCCGAGUUCCAGAAGCUCGCGACCAGGAGCAAAAGCCGCAGUCGAAGCCGCGGAAAAUCUCGAGCCAAGAGCCGAGCGUCCAGCCGAGGCCGAGCGAGGAGCAAAAGCCGAGCGCGGGGCAAGAGCAGGCCGAGGAGCAAGAGCAGGCCGAGGAGCAAGAGCAGGCCGAGGAGCAGGAGCAGGAGCAGGCCGAGGAGCAAGAGCAGGCCGAGGAGCAAGAGCAGGCCCAGGAGCAGGAGCAGGCAUCGCAGUCGGAGUGGGAGCCGGAGCAAGAAGAAGAGUCACAUGCGGAGCAAGAGCCGGGCCAGGAGGUCCAGGUCACGAAGUAGCAGCAGAGAAAAGGGCCACGGCAAAGAGAAGAAGAGGGGCCCCUGCCACAACAGCCUGUUGGAAGGACUGAAGCUGGUCAUGAACAGCAAAGAGCUGGAGGAGCGCUUGCCCACCCUCAAAGAUGCCAUCCUCACUAUUCAGGCCUCGGGCGAAAGCCAAACGGCGGAGAGCGUGCCCACCGAGGACGGACCUCGGCAGCUCGACUGCAACGAGAACGCGACGUCACUGGAGAACGACAGCAUGCUCCUCCCCCACGACAGGGUGGGCAGCGACUUCUCCUGGCUCCAGGUGCAGACUCCUCCCGUCGCCGCUGCCCCGAAGGCGGACGAGCUUGAAGACGAGGAGUCGUUUCUGUACGGGAGUGACGACGCCAGGGGAAAGCAGGCCAACAAAUUCUCCGGCGAACGCCUUGCGGCGUUCCCCCAGAUUAGAGAACGUGCCAAGCGACAGGAAGCGGCCAGUUCGGCCGGUCAGCAACACCAUCAGAACAAAUCCGCACUCGCCUACGCCGACCUGGACAGCAGUGAGUGUGAGAAGAUCAGGAACAUAUUAAAGAGUCUGGGCAAGGCAGACGUCAGCGAGAUGAUGGGGAAGAUGCAGCCGUCUGCUGCACUUCCUGCGUCUGACCGAACGGCGGCGGCCGUGGCUUUGCCCGCGCUGCGUAACCCCGAUGUGCGACACGCUCUGGAGUCUCUACAGUCACUGAUCAAAGCGACAAAAGAGAAGCGUGAAAAAAGCGAUGGCAGUGGCACAUCUCCGGCAUCCCCCGAUAAGCACAAGGCAGGUGACGACGAGGAAAGGGAGAAUGAAAAACAAGCCCGAAUAAGUCAAAUGGAGUCCUUGAUGAAGGAGCUGGAAGGAUUGUUGAAGCAGGACGGGUUGAGUUUUAUGAGUCCAGUAAUCGGGUUUUACUGCCAGAAGUGUGAGGAGUUCAUUGGAGACUUGAACAGUGCUGAAAAGCAUGCAGCCAUCCAUCGCCAUAGCAACUCAAGCAGCCAGAAAGGGCUCAAGGACAAGCCUGCAGGAGACGGCAAGGGACACUCGCGCCAAUUUAGCAACAGCACUCAGCACCCACCCCCCUCGGACCGGACGGGGGACCACAGGAACCACAGAGACCCCCAACGAGACUGGAGGGACGACAGAGACCUCAGGAGCAAACGCCGCCACCACGGCGACGUCAGGGCCCACAGGGCCGGGCAGGACGGCGUCUCCUUGAAGGAGGAGAUGAGGAAGGAGAGGAUGCUCAUCACGGUGUCCCGUGGACUGACGCCUCCUCCGGGCGGCCGGGUGAAGGAGGAGGCCAGCGAGGAGCAGACCGCCGAAGGCCACGGCAAGGUCAAAGUGGAAGACAAGGGGAAAUCCUCCAAGGGCAACAGGGCCAAAGAUGGAAGCAGCGACAGCAGCAGCAGCGACGACGACAACAACAACAACAACAACAACAACAAGGGGAAACAGCAGAAAACCAAAUCCCCGAAAAAGAAGAAGAAGAAAAAGGAGAAGAAGAAGAAGAAGAAGAAGUCCUGAUUGAAUUAUGCUGGUGCCAAGUUGUCCUUAACGUGACGUCUGUUUCUUGUCUCGGUGUGGUCAGAAGAGGGAGGUAGGCCUCGUUGUGCUUCAAGGACCCCCAACCCUUAUUGUGAAGGGUCAAAGGUGAAGAUUAAUAUCACUUUGAUCCUUGUGCGUCUGGUUUCGAGUGUUUGUGACCUCUACCGGACGCACAGGGAUAAAAUCCAUAUGAAUCUUCUUCUUUCUUUUUUCUUUUUUAUUUUACACAUGGCAAUUGAUAUAUUUAUACAUGGUCCUGUUCAUGUUUUUUGUAUAAAUAUCCAUUCUCAGUACCAUUGCACCCGUGUGAAUAUUUUUCAUUAAACAUUAAAGGUUCAGGAAUGUGUGUAUUUUCCAUGUUCUUACUCGUGUGCAUUUUGAUCUGAAAUACAAGAUGACACACGCGUCCGUCUCCUUUUAUAGAGUAAAGAAAUGUCAUUUCAUAAGUCAAAUGAGUGAUGGGAUGAUUAUCUCCAUCAACUACAUUGUGCAAGUGGGCAGAUUCCUUGGCGGGUUUUGGGAUUAAAGUCAUCUGCUUUUGA